GCAACUAUUGCAUUCAAUUUUUUAAUUCAAAAUAAUAUAAACUUUAAAAUGUCUAUUUUUGUUUUAGUGACAAAAAUUUACCGGAUUUUCGUAUUCAUCAUAAUAUUCAGGAAUUUUGUCACCGAAAGUAAAGAUAAUCCCACAAAUGUACACCAAUGUGAUCCUGAUGAUGGGUAUUCGUGUCGUUAUACAGAAGUAUUAGUUAAAGUAACUAAAUCAACUAGUUCUUUGGAGCGCAUCAAAGAUGUAAAGCGAUUGAGAAUGACCUGUAUCAAUGAUAAUGACUGCGAUGCAAUACGUCAUGCUAAAUGUUCAAAGGAUAAAAAAUGCGUUUGUAGAGCGAAUAAUGUUCAGUUAAAUGAGACGACAUGUUUACCAUUAUUGGGCGGAUUCUGUUGGAAAAAUGAAUCGUGUGCACCAGAUAAUUCUCACUGUAUUGAUAAUGAGUGUAAAUGUAGCGAUGACUACCUACCGAUAACCAAGAAUUUGUGCAUGCGAAAAGAAGAGGGAAUCCCCUGUAAUCAUCAUAAAGAUUGUGACAGCAUCUAUAAUACAAAUUGUUUCAAUAAAACAGUUUGCACACCAUUAUUGGGCGGAUUUUGUUUGACAGCUAAUGAUUGUAUACCCAUUAAUUCUCUUUGCAUUAACAAUAAAUGUCGAUGCAAGCCUGAGUAUUAUCCGAAAUUCAAUACCCAAUGCGUACGGAUUGAGUUGAGUGGGUUUUGUGAUAACAAUGGACGGUGUAAUUCAAUUGAACAUGCAACAUGUAAUAAGAAUCGGAAAUGCAUCUGUAAUGAUCACUUUUUUCCAAUAAGCACAACAUUGUGUGCACCAUAUCUUAACCAAGUUUGUCAAGACAAUGAACCUUGUGCAAUCGACAAUUCGCUUUGUAUUAAUAAUGUAUGUCAAUGUAAGCCUAAUCAUGUUUAUUACGCAUUCAAGUGCUUACCAGCCCAGUUACAGGAGUCCUGUCAAACAGAUUCUGAUUGCGGUCAAAUACCAUUUGGUAUCUGUUCCUCAAACAGUCGAUGUAUUUGUAAAAGUGGAUAUAAACAAUUCAACAAAACAACAUGUUUACCGGUUAUAGGUGGAUUCUGUACGAAUGAUGAAGAUUGUUAUUCCGAAAAUUCCGUUUGCACGAAAAAUGAAUGCAAAUGUAAACAACAUUUUCUGAAAAUAUCGAACGAUAAAUGUAUUCCUAUGGAAAUAGGAUUGCCUUGCAGUUAUCAUACGGACUGUCUACUAAUUCGUAAUGCAGUAUGUUCGAUGGAUUAUAAAUGUGUUUGUGCCUCAAACUACAUACCGUUGAAUUCAGAUACCUGUGUAAUGCUGCCAAGACCACUAGAAAGAAUCUGUAAUAUCGAUGCAGAUUGUGAACUAGUAGAACAUGCGAAAUGUUCAGGUUUUCGUAAAUGUGUUUGUCAAGAUGGUUAUAUCGAAUUGAAUGAAACAGUUUGUUUACCACAAUAUGCACUCACAGCUUCUUCUUGUUCUUCCACUUUUGGCUGCAAGAUCAUAAGCCAUUCACAAUGUUCAAAAGUUAAUAAAUGUAUUUGUGAAUCAAAUUUUAUUGCAUUAAAUAAUUCAAAAUGCGCGCCACUUAUAAAUGGUUACUGUUUAAUGGAUGCAGAUUGCGCUGCUGUUAAUUCGGUUUGUACUGAGAAUCGCUGUCAAUGUCGACCUAACUAUAUAUCUCAAUCAAAUAAAAAAUGUGUGCCAACGUUAUUGGGAAAACCGUGUCAGACACGUUCAGACUGUCAAUUCAUCAAUAAUGGAAUAUGUUCGAAUGAAAAAGUAUGUGUUUGUGAUGAAGAUCAUUAUGCAUUAAGAAACUCAACAUGUGCCCCGAUGAUUGGAAGUUAUUGUCGAUCUGAUAUUGACUGUCUUUCGGAUGUUAUGGAAUGUAUUAAUAAUAAAUGUCAAUGCAAAAAAAACUAUGCACCUGUUUCUGACACUCAGUGUGUAAGAAUAAGUUCGGUAUACCAAUGCGAAAACAAUGUUGAUUGUGGUGAACCAUGGCACAGUCAGUGUUCGGAAGACAAAAUAUGUACUUGUAGACCAAAUAAUUUUGCAGAAAACAGGUCAACUUGUUUGCCAAUCAUAGGGGGGAGUUGUUUGGGGGAUCAUCAAUGUAAGAUACAAAAUACAGUUUGUGAAGAUUUCAAGUGUCAAUGCAAGCAGGGCUUUACAGCAGUAGCCAAUAACUUAUGCAUGCCUAGCGAGUAAUCACUUAAGGAAUAUCAAUGUU